AUGGAUGCAUUCAAAACGUCCAAUCCACUUUGGGCACCACCACCGCCUUCAACCACAACAUCAUCCUCAUCGUCCGUACCAUCUGGACCAUCCAGAAUUCCUGAUCUCCUUUAUACUCCCCUGAUCAAACCAGAAAUAAUGCCAGGUUAUCCAGCAUUAGUACCUCCGUUCCCUUUCUGUGAAGGUUUAAGUAUGUUGCCUUCUUUGUAUGCAUCGGUACAACGGAAUGCCACUGGUGGUGGCAGUGGUCUGAUCAACCCGUCUACUGAAUCUAACCUAGCAAUUGGUCCCUCUUGGAGUGAAAAUCGUGCCGAUAUGAGUAAUGAUUGUCGGACUGAUGCGAACAGUGGAUCAGUGUGGCCCGGUGCUUCCCCACGUUUAUCGAGAAUAGAAGCACCACUGGGAGCGGAUCAUCAUCAGAUCGGUCUCAAUUCCGAACCACGUUUAAACGUAAUUGGUAUGAUAAACCAAACAAAUCAUCCGAAAUCACCAGAUAUUUCUGGGAAAUCGGUUAGAGAGUUAAAUAAAUCACUGACACAUGCAGCAAACACAGGUUCGCCUAGCAAGCCCGCACACGGCAACACUACCACUGCCACAACAACAACAACAACAACAACACCAACAACACCAACAUCCUCGUCAGCCCCGACGACAGUAUCAACACCAACAAACAGUACCGGGAUAGCUAAUGUGACAUCAGCAUCAGGCCAUGGAAACACGUAUCCGGAGAAUCAAGCUGGUUCCACAAACGGUCUUGUGCAUAACACUCUACGCAAAACAAGAUCAGACAUGAAGGUCAUUCAUCGAUAUCUGGUUCAAGUAAAACAUGAUACCCGUGACAUACAUCAGAUACCAUACUACGAACUGGAUCAAUAUAUUCAAGAUUUUGUUCUCACAGCAAAAAAGAAGGAUGGACAUGAGUAUGAACCUGAGUCGUUGAAAGCGUUUGUUCACUCGUUGGAAAGGCAUCUGAAACAUCAUGAUUAUCCACACUCCGUUCUGAAAGGAAGUGCUUUUACCGGGACCCGAGCUGUGCUCAAUCAACGUCUGAACGAGCUCCGGGCCCUGAGUCGUUCAGGUGCGUCGACACAUCUGACUUAUGCGUCUGUGUUCGGAUCAGGCAAACGCGCCAUGGACGAUUCGGGACUGGAUACCGGGUCGGGACAUGGGGCGACGGCAGGAAUGAGCAAGAGAUCUCAAGCCGGAAAGAUGCUGACCACAGGGGCUUUAAUUCAAGCUGGACUACUAGGAAAAGACAACCCACAGGCCGUCCUUAACAGUCUUUGGUUGAUUAAUCGUACACAGUUCAAUAUUGGAGGUACGCAACGCCAUCGAAAUCUUGUCUGGGGUCAGUUCCAGUUAAUCACAGAUGAUCAUGGUGUGAAGUCUAUCAAAUUUACGCCAUUGUUUGAAUCGGCCGAAGUACGCUACUGUCGCGGUCAUGGUGGUGGUAAAAACACAGCGACCGAUUUCAGUGGUCGCUCGGUUUCAGGAAUGCAAACUCUUACCGGUUCGAAUUUGUCAAAACGUCAACCUCUACCCUUCAACUGCGUCGAACUGUUUGAGUUGUACGCCAAUCUCCGCCCCGUCGAGGCCCGUGGUGUAUCUGAACCAUUUUAUUUAUGUCCCGAAUCAGCUUGGGAGCAAAGUGGUAGCUGGUUUAAAACCUCAGCCGCCGGUUCUCAAUUACUGUCUCGAAUUCCGCGUCUUUUGGGUUUGAAACCUUCGCGUGAGCCUCCAGUCCAAUUAGACGCUUCCAGCAUUGAAACACGCGAUAUGUCUGGAGCCAACCUGACCAGAGAUCCAGCCCUCACCAAUGGAGACAGAAAUACAUCGUUUGGUCAUACUCCAGUCCCAGUGCCCAAGCAUUUCUUCGACCAGUCUUUCCCGGCUGCACCUAUCGGUUCCGGAUUGCCAUCAAUACACCCAUCACUGGGUCCUAAUUUGUUUAAUCUUUUUCCUUUCAUGUUCAAUUGUCCGACAGAUACCAACGGAUCCACUGUCGCUCAAAAUCCUUACAUGCUUCCGAGUUCGGCGUACGCGAAUUUGUUGGCGAACAAUCCACUCCUGUCUUAUUCGGCACGGUUCGAUCAGGACGCGGAAAAAAAUAUCAGCUUAUUACCUGUCUCCCGUGCGUCUGAAGCAGACGACUUAAGUCGAACGGGUGAACUUGAUCUGUGUCGACCGAAGCUUUCUCCGCGGCACUCUGUUCUUCGAUCUCCUCUGUCCCAUCCAGUACCCAGUUCCGAUGGAACUCCUUCUCCCACAGACGCCGAAAACCUGUCCUUGUCCGAUAUGUCCCCUAGACUUCAAUGUGCUGUCAGAGGGGCUGAUUCAACGUCCUUAUCAAAGAAUACGAGCUCAUCAGUCGAUAACAGUGAAUCUGUUUCGAGGAAACACUCUGGCAGUUCCAGUGAACGAAUCAAGCUAGACGAUGGUAUUUAUGUCAAGGAUGGAUCCACGGAUUUAAGUGGUGAUAUGGCCAACAGAGCUUCAAUGGCAUUCAGUCAAAAUCCAAUUGAGUUUGCUAAACCUGACGCCCUGAAAGCGUUCCGGAUUAAACUUCUGUUGCUAUGGGUUUGGUGGCUUCAUGCGGCGGGUCAGAUUAUACAAUAG